GAUUUCAGCUCUCACGCUGCUGGCGACGCUGGGAGUCGAGAGCAACAGUCGGGAAAAAGUCGUGAGCCGCCGCUGCAGGAUUUCUUGAGGUUCGGUCAUGGAGCCGCGGAGGGAAAGCGAGCGUCGUUCCCACUCGCUGUUUCUCACCUGCGUGGUGAUUGCUCUGUGUGUCCACCAGCAGACGGCUUCAGCGGGAGAAUGUCCUGCAGAUGGACGCACUUGGGUCCCCUUUGGAGACAAAUGUUACCACUUUGUCCAUGGAGAAGAAGAAAAAAUUAAGAGCUACACAUUUGAAGCAGCUCUUUCACACUGCAAAGGAUUUGGCCUUUUGACGAUCCAGACUGCUGAAGAAAAUGACUUUGUCGUGAGCUAUAGUCUAGAGGUGUGGAAAGGCAAUGUCAACAUUUGGCUGGGAAUGAAGUAUGACACAGACGAUGAUACCAUGAAGUGGUCAAACAACAAGUCUGUAAGUUUUACUAACUGGGAGUACAGCCCUUAUCCUCCUGACCUCCCACGGGGGGAUGUCUGUGUGGCUCUGCACAGCAGCUCAGGAAGGUGGGAGAACGUGAGCUGCCAGGACGACGUGGAGAACGGAGUGGUCUGUAAAGCACCUCAGAAAGCGGAGCAGCCCAGACCCAAACCCAGUGCGUUGGUCUCUGCUCUGGUUAUUCUCAGCGUGGUGGCUGUCGUGGGAGUCUCUGCUGUGAUUUGGUUUCUGCACCAGAAGCACAGUUUCGGCUCCACCAUGGUCACAGCGUUUGAGUACCACCCCCCAUUCCGAGUCUUGGACUCAGACCAGUCUUGCCUGGUGGAGGCUGAGGAAACUGACAGCGUGCCUUGAGAGAACUUCCUACCUUUUGUCGAGAAUAUAAUUACUGGCUGUGUGCUUUAUGCAAAGACGUGUCCGCUCUAAAAUGAGUAUGUUAAUUAAUUUGGAUUAACACGUCACUGACAUGGACUCAGAACAGUGAAUCGUCAUUGGAAGGAAACUGACACCAUGCUACUAACCUUACUCAGGCAAAUGCAAUUGUCAUUACUGCUUUUUUUUUUUUAAAAGAUCUGCACUAAUUUUAAUUUUUUCUUUUAUUGGUUUAUGUUCAAUGCAGGUCUCUCAACCCUGUGGUCAUAGACAACAUAAAUGCUUAGUUAAUUUCGGGGUCAAAAUUUCUGUCACAUAUAGGCUUAUUUUUGAUUCUUCCCAGAAUUAGCAUUCUACAUAAAGAACAAAACCUUGAACUUUAAUGUUUAAAAUUGCAUUCUUGUUUUCAAAUUUGUACAGAAAAUAAAUAAAAUGAAUGCAGGGAGGACAAUUUUAAAAGCCAAAACUAAGAUAUAUUGAUAUUUAUGUCAAGUAAAGGCGGAGUUGCUGAAGAUGACCUGACUUUAUGCCCUCAAUCACAGUAAUUGUGAGUUUAGAGCUUCUAUGCUACAUGUUGCAGAUUUGAAUACUAGUUUUCUAAAACGUGUCAAAUCUUGUUCAGAUUUUGUGAAAAACCUACUUAUAUGUUGUUUUGAAAUAGUUAAGGAAGUGUUGGCAUGUUUUAUUUUUAAAAUGUCUAAUAUUGGUCUAGUUUUCUUUCAGUCAGUGUUCUAAAGUCUAUGAGCUCAUGUCUGGUUAUUUUAUGGAUGCAGAGGAAGUGAAAUUAAUGCAUCCAAAAGGCUAUUUUUUUUAACCAUCCUAAACCAGAAUCGUAUAAGACAUCCAGUUUUGCCUUUCUGCAUGGUGUUGAUUCUAUGAAAGCAAAUUUGAUCUUUGAAUGCCAGGCUUUUUGUCGUUUCAUUCGAUGUGAAUCACUUCUCUGUUAUGUGAAAUGCAGUCCAUUUUUUUGGGAUUUGUAAAUAUAUUGACCUGUGAACAAAUAAAGACAAUCACUAUU